AUGUCUUGGUUCUCUAAAAAGAUCCGUUUUCUUUGGCUUAGUCCAUCAAUUGCUCGAAAAUACAGAUCUUUGAAAGCAGCAGUAUUUUCUUCUUCUUUGUCGAUUUCUGGGGAAACAAUCCAUCCUGCAAUUAGAUAUCAUGCUUGUAUCGUUUCGUCAUCACGCUCUUCCGUAUUGAUUAAUGCUAGUUUAGCCAUGACUUCUAUCGGUUUGCUUGUUUAUUUUAAAAGAGAAAACAAGUUCUUGGCCAUCUAUCUGGUGCAUGGAAGAUAUUUUACAAAUGGAAAAUUCUGGGGAUUCAUAAGUUAUUCUUGUCAUGACUUUGGAAGUGUUACAGAGAUAGAGACAGGAUAA